AUGGUGGAUACUGAGGAUGUAUGGGUUUCGGACGAAGAUGAUAUAAUUUUUGAAAAAAAAGUAUCAUCAAAAGAAUGGGAAAGAUUAAAUGAAAAUUUUGGAAAUAAGGAAUUGUCGAAGGUAAAAUACAAGACAAAGGCAAAAUCAGAUGACGUAAUACCAAUUCGAUCAGUGCAGCCACUUCCAAUCAUAGGCGACAGGCUUGACACAGCAAUAAAGGCGUGUGAUAGUUGGGUAAAGUUUAAGUUUGGUAACAAGUUAUCGUUUAUCCUUGCAUCACGUUUUACCAGAUGGCGUAAUCAGCCCAUCACUAAACAACAAUUGAAUUGGAUUAAGAAACGAAAUCCACUGUUGACUGAUGAUAAAUUGUGUCAUUUGGAGAAGGGAUCUGCCUCGAAUCUCAUGACGCAAAUUAUUGAGGGUGCGGAAAAAAAUUGGGAAAAGUUCCAGAAAGAAAAAGGCAAAAAAGAAAAAUUAUUAAAAAAAUUAAAAUCUCAAACUGUUCAUGUUGGUCCUUUAACUUGA